CCCGCCCCCUCCCUCAGCGACGCGCAGCUGCAGUCUGUCCAGAACAUGAAGCCGCUCCUGCUCCUCCUGCUCCUCUCCUCCGUCCUCCUCUCCUCUCAUCCCCGCCCCGCCGCGGGCAGACCGCUCCGCUUCCCCGCCUGGCUGGAGGAGGCGCUUCUGGGAGCAGCUCCGAACGGCAGCGCGUUGGAUGAAGCGGAGGACGCGGUGCAGAAGUUCCUCCUGCAGAGGAACCCGUACCUCCUCCACCUGCUCCCUCCAGCGGAGGACAGUGGGGAGGACGCACGGAGGACUGCUACGCGUCUCCUGAAACGCAGCGAAGAGCCGCCGCUGUCCAUAGACCUGACCUUCCACCUGCUGAGGAAUAUGAUCCAGGUGGCCAAGAUGGAGAGGCUGCGUGCGCGCGCGCAGCUCAACCGCAAACUGCUGGACGAGGUAGGGAGGUGAACCUCCGUCCAGAAGAUCCUCCUUAAAGGAGCUCGGCCGCAGCAGCAGAAGGUCCUCCAGACCCUUGGUACUGUUUCUGUUCGUGCGCCAACGUCUCCAAAUCAUUUUACGCACAUGGUGCCAUUUUACGCAUCACAACAACCCCCAGAAAAAUGUCAGUUUUGUGUUAAAUAAGCACUAAAACGAGGGAAAUUGUGAAUUCGGAGACGAUGGACACCCCCUCCUUACCCCACCACCACACACACACACACACACACACACACACACAAACACACACACACUCUGGACCUCACCACUGAAAGACUUGUGUAUACAUGUAACUGUGGUGGACCUGGAUUUGUGUAAUGUGUAAAUGUUGCUGGAGAAGUUCUGAUGAAGUUUAGCUCAUAAACCACAGUGGAAUCCGAACCCUCAGACUUCUUCUGUCCAACUCUCAGAUUCACAGAUGCAUUGUGGGAGAAAGUUAGAAAAUCCAUCUGCAGGGGAACAAACGUUUCAGUUUCUGACCAAACAAUGGAGGCAUCAGGCAAAUCCUACAGUUUUAACUCUACAUCUGAUGAAUUCAAACAGAAAAACUGUCUUUGAUUUUUCAUAAAUUUGAACUGAAGUUCUGUAUUUUUAGAAGAAUAAAGGAUUUUCUGUUCUGGGCAGGUGCACGUUCACCUGUGCUGCACUGAUUGUAGCGUGUCGACGCACAAAAACCCACUCUGACUGUAAACCUUCAUGUCUCACACAGUGGAAGCAAAAGAUCAAAGAAAGCUUUUGUCAUUUUUACUGUGUAAUAAAAUGUACACUGCUGUGCUGAUCUCUAUCAUUGUGCUGAAUGUGUUUCUCUGGAUUAUUUAACUUCAAACCUGAUUUUUAUUCUCAGCAAAGAAAAUAAACUUCCAGAAAGUU